AUGUACCUCAAAUAUCGGCUUUUUUUUUAUCCUCAGCGCUAUGGUUCAGCUACUUUUAAAUCUAUUUCAAGAAUCUCAGAGCUAAUAAGGGAUAUAUUAAUUGCCAUGGUUGUCGGUGCAACCCCUCUGGCAAAUGCACUUUUCUUUUCGUUUCGCCUUGCCAAUCUACUUCGAGUGUUUUUUGCAGAACGACCGUUCACUCUCUUUUAUAUUCGCUAUAUUCAGCAGAAUCACAUGAUAAUAAAAAGGCAUUUAGGUUUGCGAAUAGCGCAAUAUCUCUCACGUUUAAUAUUUUAUUGA